UUGGACAAGGCUUCCAGAAUCCUUAGAAUGAAGAGGGUCCAAUUUCUAGAAGGCCCUCUUUUUCCUCGACAGGUGCUUGUGGCCGAGCAUGCACGCCGCCAACACAACUGAAGAGAAUACAAUGAAUUCCCGCCAUGAAUCAGCAGGGACAUGGAUGUGAUUCCAUCUCGGAGUCGAGUGCUCUUGGACGGGAGGGAAGCAGAAGAUCAAGAACAAGAAGUAGUAGUAUCAUUGGCAAGAAUAGGUUUAAGAGUGAGGCCACCAAUACUAUCUACAUAUCACAUGGUAGGGGAGGCCUCCGUAUUGUCCGAGUGGAUGGAGGGGAAGAAUUCGACAGUUUGCUGCUUUGUUUUGUUGCUGGGGUAAGAUUGAGGGUAAAAUUACUGUCAUGGCCACGGACCCAGUUUCGGGCAUCACUUUUCGGGGACGUCACUUUCUCUUUUAGCUUCCUUUCUCUUGUCUCCCGCCAAACCUACCAGUCUUUUUUACUCUUCGUUUACUCUUUUUCCCUCCCUUUCCAUCCAUCCAUCCAUCCAUCCAUUCCAUACCAUCCUUCCUGUUCAUUCAUUCAUUCUCUCUCCAUCGUUCCCCUCUCUUCCUCCUUCCAGCCCCUCCUCCUCCCCUCACCACUUUACCCUCUUUCUUCUUCCCUCCCCUCAUCCAACUAAAAAGAAAUAAUUUUCAUUCAUUUUUUCAGAUUUUGUUGUUUGUUUAAUCUAAGUCCGCGUCCGCUAAUUUAGUGCCACACACCUCCUUCGCGUGCACUAGUCCCUGACCCAUGGAGCCAUCAUUGUAAGGGUCUUAUUAGAGUAGCAAACCCUCACACCUCAUCAUUACCAUUCUCGACCUCCCGCCCUCGUUCCCGUCGGCC